AUGGGAAUGGACCUUGAUCAAGACUCCAAAUGCAGCUCAUGGAUAGGGCUAUGGACGAGGUUGGAGGGCUCGGCUUGCGGAGGGUUGUGGAUGGCUCGGUCUCACGGAGAGGUCAUGGGUCAAAACUUGAAAAACUUGAAAAGCAGGAAAACCUCACUGAACCCAUUAUUUUCAUGUUGCUGUGCCACAUCAGGGGGUAUUCUAGACAGAGUUGUUGAAGCAGAGGAUAAGAAACAUGGAGAUAUUCUAAGACUAGACCAUUUCAGCUCAAGAUCUGUCCCAUUUUUUAGAUAUGAUGAUCCCAGGAGAGGAUUCAGUUCCUGUUCUUUUGACUCUUCCAGUGAAAUAUCUCUCAGAUUGUCCUGCUGCCCUACAACAGUUAUUGCAUUAGUCAUUGGUCUGGCUCUUAGAGGUUUCCUUGCACAAGUAGUGUUUCUUGGUGUGUGA